AUGAGGAAGGCGAGCAUCGACCCCCCCGACGCCGUGGAGAGCGUGCGCAACGUCCCGAAGAAGGGCGACCCGGCGGGCCCGGCGGAGGCUGCCUUCUACGGCCUUGUGCCAGGCCGCGCCUACAACAUCACGGUGGAGACGGUGAGCGGCGACCAGAUCUCGGAGCCUACGACGGCCGAGUACCGCACGCUGCCCCUCCCGCCGCGCGACGUCGCCUUCGACCUGCGCUCCCUCACGCCCUUCUCCUUCGCCGUGCAGUGGAAGGCGCCCGUCGGGGAGGGCAAAUUCGACCGGUACCAGCUGAGCCUCGACCAGAAGAAGCACUUCCCCCUCAUCAUCAGCGCCUCCGAGCCCCGCCAGGCCACCUUCGACACGAACCUGGAGCCCGGGGCCACCUACCAGGUCUUCGUCAAGACGGUGUCGGGGAACGUAGCCUCCUGGCCCGCCAAAGGGAAUGUCACCACGCGUCCACUAAAAAUUUUGGAUCUGAGAAGAGAGGACGAUGAGUUUGGCCAAGAAGUCAACAUGACGUGGACGCCAGAUCCAACUUCAAUUCAAGACAGCUAUAAGAUAUUGUUCCAGGAGGUAGAAGCUUUUAACGGGGAUGCACGCACUAGGACAACCACAGAAGAAAUGGUCAUAGAAAGUCUUUAUCCUGGAAGAAAUUACUCAGUUUCUGUGGCUGCUGUGUCAAAUAACAUAGAGAGUGAACACAUGUCUCUCUAUGUUGCUACUAAACCUACAACCCCAAUCAUUGAAAUGCAGCCGAUUCCCCACGGCCUCGACAUAUCCUGGAAGAGUGAUGAUACUUCUCGUCAGGAUGGAUAUGCUGUCGUUCACAUUAGGAACGACACAGGAGAGUCAGUUACCCAUAAAACAGUGGAGGAACAAAUAGUGUUGGAAGACCUGUUCCCUGGUGCCAGAUAUGAGAUUAAGGUCUAUGCUAUAUCUCAUGGUCUGUGGAGCGAUCCUCAUGCCCACUUCCAUGUAGUGUAUCCAAACCCCAUUCGAAACCUGACUAUUAGCUCCGCCACAAAUACCACUGUGGUCCUUUCUUGGCUGCCUCCAAAUGAGUCGUUAUUCUCACAUUACAGUAUAAGGUACCGCCCCGUAGAUGCAGGAAAUUGGAUUGAGUUGCCUCCUGUCAAUGAAACCUCAGUUACCAUGGACAGCCUGCAGCCUGGAGAGCGAUAUCUGAUUGAAGUUCAUUCCAUCUCUCAUAACGUAAAAAGCUUCACCUCUGAGCAAGUCGAGCAUACUGUUCCACCAAACCCAGUGACAGGAAUCACUCCGGUCCUUAAUUCCCACAACAUCACGUUCGAGUGGCCCAGGCCAGACGGCAGACUAGAUAACUAUACCAUCAUCUGGUGGAGCAACUUUAAGCCAGAGAUAAAGCAUCUCAAGGAAAUUCCUGGAAGCCAUGCGACGGAAGGUAUCGACCGAAGAUUGUCUAUCGUGGUAGAGGAUCUGAUGCCUGGAGAGCUUUACCAUUUCCAGAUCCAUACCACAGCACAUGACGUGAAUAGUGAGGUGGUGGAGCUCUCACGUAGAACUAUACCCCUUAUCACAUCUGACAUUAGAAUUUGGCCCCAGCCAGAGACCAGAUCAAUGGCCAUUAUCUAUACACCAACGCCCGAAUCUGCGUCUACCUUUGACAUGUACAGGUUCAUGUUAUCCGACCCUUCCAUACCUGUGAAGGAGAAGCCCGCAGAGGAUGAGGAUCGCAAGAUCGUAUUUAACAACCUGGUGCCUGGACGAGUGUACAAUGUCACGGCCUGGACAGUGUCAGGAGGGGUGACCAGCCUGCCCCUCAUACGGCGGGAUCAGCUCAACCCUGAACCUGUGUCGAACAUCACUGCUAGUUACAUCUCAGACACGGAAAUUGCCUUGUCCUGGAGCAAACCAGCCGGGGAUUAUGAUGUGUUUGAAGUGCAGUAUCUCGACAAUGAGCUCUUAACCACAAACACCACGAAGGAUUCUGUCACUAUCACGAAAUUACGACCACAUCGCAACUACACCUUCACGGUCCUCACUUGGGCAGGAAGCACAAAGAAGUCAAAUUCUGUGUCGGCAACUUUCACCACGAAGGAGAGCGUUCCUGGGAAGGUGAACAUAUUCGAGGCAACCAUAAUGAAUCCAAGCGAGCUAACAUUAAGCUGGUCUUUGCCUUCUGAAGAACAAAAUGGCAUUCUCUUGGGCUACAUGAUCAAGUACAGAAUCAAGGGUGCCCUCGUUAGCCAUGAGACGCGAUUUGCAGCAGAUGAGGAGUCGGGUAUCAUCCAGAACCUCACCCCAGGAGAGACCUAUGUUUUCCAGAUUGAAGCCAUGACCAAGAUUGGCUCAGGACCCAUUAGGCACUUAGAGAAGACGAUGCCUAUUGGUGAGCCGCCCCAGCCAGAUCCCACAGAAAUUCCCAAAGAAGAGUUUCACACUGCAAACACCAUUCGCGUUAGUUACCGGAAGCAAUAUUUCUCCGACAAAAAUGGGCAGAUUAUCGGAUACACCGUCAUUGUAGCUGAAGACGAGACCAAGAGCUCCACGGGGGUCGAGUUGCGUACGUGGAAGGACGUCCAGAGUUAUUCCCAGUGGCCUCCAUAUCAGGUUACAGAACGUUACUAUCCAUUUGCCAACACAUCACUGGAAACAUUCGACAUUGGGGUCGAGGAGGAUUGUGAAAAUCGAGAUAACUACUGCAAUGGUCCGCUCAAACCAGGAAGUACAUACAGAGUUAAAAUCCGAGCUUAUACAGCAGUGGACAAGUUUGCUGACACUUAUUAUAGCUUCCCAAUAACAACAGAUUCUGAAAAUGCGAAUUUAGGACUGCUUGUGGCUAUUCCUGUGGUGUUUGUGGUGUUGGUGGUGGUAUUGGCGGUGGCUAUAAGGCAGCGAAGAUCAUACAAGUCCUCAAGAAAGACUCCUGAUCAACUUGGCAAUAUACACCCAAUGCCUGAUUCCAUUAGAGAAACAAGUCGCCCUGUAAACUUGCAAGACUUCGUGGCCUACUUCCGAUACAUGUCUGCUGACUCCGAGUACCGCUUCUCUGAGGAAUAUCGAGCACUGCAACACGUAGGUCAUGACAUCCCACACAACGCGGCCGACCUGCCUGUCAACCGGCCCAAGAACCGCUUCACAAACAUCCUGCCUUACGACCACUCGCGCUUCAAACUGCAGUCGACGGAUGACGAGGAGGGGUCGGAUUACAUAAAUGCAAAUUAUGUGUCGGGCUACAACUCGCUGCGGGAGUUCAUCGUGAGCCAGGGCCCUCUCCCGUCGACGAGGGACGACUUCUGGCGCAUGUGCUGGGAGAGCAACACGCGGGCCAUCGUCAUGCUGACGCGCUGCACGGAGAGGGGCCGUGAGAGAUGUGACCACUACUGGCCUUACAACAUGCAGCCAGUCUACUACGGAGAUGUUCAAGUGACGAUUCUGAACGAGCGCUAUUUCCCCGACUGGAGUCUCACAGAAUUCAGGGUUUGCAAGGGUGACGUUUGCCGCAUGAUUCGCCAUUUCCACUUCACGACUUGGCCAGACUUUGGUGUGCCCGAUCCUCCGCAGACGUUAGUGAGGUUUGUCCGUUUCUUCAGGGAAACCGUUGGUGCAGAUCAGAGGCCAAUUGUCGUACAUUGCAGUGCUGGUGUUGGGCGAUCAGGAACUUUCAUUGCUUUGGACAGGAUACUGUUCAGCAUAAGAACAAAUGACUAUGUGGACCUAUAUGGUAUAGUUUAUGAGAUGAGACGACAAAGAGUUUCCAUGGUACAAACUGAGCGGCAGUAUAUAUGUAUUCACCAGUGCCUUCUCUCUGUCUUGGAAGGAACAGAAAACGAACAUCCCUUAAGUGAGAUUCAUGAUAAUCAGGGUUACGAAGAUGACGAAGGAAUAGCCGAGUCGAGUAUGUGACAGGAGGUGUAUGGGCUGCAUUCCCUUGCAGCCUGUACAAAGUAUGGAAGUGACCUGACUCUGGCAAAAAACAGACCUUGAGGAGGCGUUUAUCGGAAGGAGUCUCCGUGAGAGUGUGUACAGAAAACUAUAUUUUUAUAGUAAUUUAUCUUAACUAUUCCAAACUUUAUGGGUUUUUUAUCAGACUUCAGUCAUAUAUAUGUAUACAGUAUUAUAUGUAUACAGUGUUAUAUAUGUACUUAUGUAUGUAUGUGUGUAUAUAUACACAGUAUAUACUUGUCAUCUUGUAUGUCAGUGUAUGUUUGGUGUUAACUUUAUCAAAAUAGAUUUAACGUAAAAAAAUCAUCACUAUUUUUUCCUCAUUAUUUUUGCUGAAUUGUAGACAGUUCUUGUGCCACUUACAAAGCAAUUACAGGACGUACGCUGUAUGAUGUUCAAAAUUGCUUCUGAGUUUGUUAUGUAGUAGAACACAUAAAAUUACUUCUUGCAAAAAAUGUGGUGUUUCUAUAAAGUCUGUAAAUAUAUUGUAAAGACUGUAAAAAGCAAAAAUAAGAAAUCAUUAUUAGUAGAUUAAUAUUACCUUCUGUCCUAUACAUUCUUAUUAUAAGAUUUAAUUUGUGAGGGGAAGAGUAAUUGAUAAGAUAAACCAAGGUGCUAUCAUAUCUGAGAUUUUUCUUUAAUAAGAAAGCAGGAGAAACUAAAUCCGUCCUAAUUUUAUUUCACUUUGCUUCAAUUUCCUUUAGAUGAUUAGUUUUAUAGUAUCUUUUUUUUCUUUACAAAUAUUCCAUAUGUAUAUCUUGAUUACUAAUUUUUUUUUUAAUUUUUCUUCAGAUGUGUUUUUUUGUGUGUGUGUAUUGCCAACAGUUAUGUUUUGUACGGUUAGUUGUACUGGUCUGUCCUCAUGGUUUACCUCGUACUGCCAAUAAGAGACGUCAUUAUACCUAUAUAGUAAUGCUUAUAUAGAUAAGCCAGAAAAUAUUUGCAUAAUUGUGGGUUCAGGUGAAUACUCCUUCCUUGUUAAAUGUGAAUUUGAUGGAUUAGUGUAUUGACUGGUAAACAAGUAAAAGGCAGAGAGGAAUGUUCAGCAGAAAUUUGGCCUGUUGAAAAAUGAGGCAAGUUAAGGGAACUGUCUUAAAAGGGACUUUAUUGGGACCACAAGAAAAACUAUGAAUAAUUGUGUAUUAGAUUUCUAUUGAUGUUAUUCUUGUAGAUUAUGUGCGUAAGUGUAUACUGAAUUUUGAUUUCUAUUUUGCCUCUUUCUUGUAAGCCUGUGAUUCAUGAAUGGCUAGUAAUUCAAUAUAUGUAUGUUUUCUUUUUUCUUUUUUUGUAUUUUUUGGUACGUGCGUGAGACUGGGAGGUUUACCUGUAUAAAUGCUCAUAUAUUAGCUAAUGGCUUGUAUACAUAAUCAAAUUUCUUUAACAGGAGAUAAUCAUUUGCUUAAGAAAAAAAAAGUUGGUUGUUGUAUGUAAAUUCUAUUGCUGCAAAAUUACUCCGCUGGCAACAGGAGAAUAAGAAAAUGGGAGAUACACGUUGCCAUUUUAUUCAAGUACAUCCGAGUGAGUGAGUGAGUCAGUGAAUGAUAUGUAUGCAUGUAUAUGUAUGUUAAUUCUUUAUAAUUAGCUAUUUGAUUGCCAGUUAUUAGGAAUUACAGUAAUUCAAACCCUACUUAAACCCCACAUUACAAUAUGUAUGACUUUAAGAAUAUAUUAAAGAGUCGCUAUAAUUUCUAUUGUCUGUUUUGUCUUGGUGAACUGUGAAGCCUAAUAAUAAAUGCAGGUAAAUCUCAUAUCAAAUAUGUAACUGAUUAUGAAAAAUAAUAAGGUAACUGUAGUCAUAAUGACUGAUUCAAAGUGAAGAUUAAAAAGUUAUCGAUAUUUAUUUUAACUUUAGACUUAGGGUUUAAAGUUUUUAUGCAUCUGUAUAUUAUGCCAUGUUUAUGGAUAUUGUUUAUAAAUAAAGUGUUACCAUUAUGAAA